AAAGAUUGCAGCAGAAACUAUGAAAAAGAAUUACUAAAAGCCCCUCUGCGCGCACCCACACGCACCAAGAUGAGUCAAUGUCCAUGUUCAUGCCGGUGUCACCUGAGAUAAAGAUUCUUUGCUAAUUUUGUUCUCCUUUAACCCUUUCGUUUUCAAUUUCUUUUCACAAAUAAGAAAAAAGGAAAGUGCAUAUAACAAGAUCAGCUGCACAACCAGUCAUUCAUAUAUAUAAUAAUGGAAUCUGCAAAUUUUCAUCUCCAUCAACAAGAAGAUCAUCAUCAACUUCAUGUGGAUUCUUCUUCUUUUUCUUGGUCCCAAAAUCCCAUCUUGAACGGACCGAAUAACAACAUAAGUUCCAUCAUUCAAGACUUCAAAUUUCCUUUCAACGGUAUGGGGUAUCCGAUAGAGAACUUCAUGACUCAAGAUUUGCAAAGUCUUGCAAGAAUUAAAGAUGAAUUUUCUGUUGUGGAAUCAUACCCAAAGUUCCUAGAGCUUUUAAACUGCAACCCAACAUCUUGCAUCCAAGAUUUACACUUGAACCCUUACUCUACUACCUACUUGAAGAAUGAAGAUGAUCAUCAACAAAUUAGCUACUCAAAUAAUAAUCAGGAUCUCUUGCUUACAAAUUAUUCUAAUGGAUGUCAAAUCAAAGGUGGCCAGCUUAUAAAUGAUCAAAACUGUUCUAGUGGAACUUUUAGCCAAAUUUUCCCAUCUAUAAGUGUUUCUAGUUUGAAUCAAUCCACCACCACCUCAUCAUCCUCAUCUUCAACAUCAUCUUCAGCAAUAUCUCCAAGCUCUUUUGAUAUGAACUGCUUACCAGCUUUGGACCCCUUUGGCUCUCCAAGAUUUGAUGGGAAAUUUAGUCAUCAUUCGUCGCUCAGCACGCAAAAUCUUCGUGGCGUAUCUUAUGGUUUUGAUCGUAUGCCGAAUCACAGGCCAACAGUUUACCCUAGUAAGAUAUCAUCAGUCUCCACCACUAGAAGCACAAAGCGGCCAGCUAGCAAAUAUGUCGAUGCAAAGGAGACUAAAUCUGUUGCACCAAAGAAAUCGAAAUCGGAACCACGCUCUUCUUCUACACCCUUUCAGGUCCGCAAGGAGAAACUAGGGGACAGAAUUGCAGCUAUUCAGCAGCUGGUGGCACCUUUUGGCAAGACUGAUACAGCUUCGGUACUACUGGAGGCUAUUGGAUAUAUCAAAUUUCUACAAACCCAAGUCGAGACGUUAAGUGUGCCAUACCUGAAGUCAACUAACGAGAUUGGCGGAAUAUCACAAGGGGGGCAAGUGGAUGAUGGACAUACAGGGGUUAAGAGAGAUCUUCGAAGUCGAGGAUUGUGUUUGGUGCCAGUGUCGUGCUUGUCGUACGUUACAGACGGGUGUGAAGGCAUUUGGCCAGCACCUUGAUCAACUUAACGUGCAUGAUGGCUCUAAAGAAAUGAUGAGUGGUUUGAUGUAAAUUUCACUGAAAUGAAGCUAGGUUACAGUCAUGUCUUGAAGGCCAAGGCUACAAACAAGUAACUUCAGGAGGCUUCCUUAUUAAAGUCUAUUUAGUCUCUUGAACAAUUACUUAGCUUGAUGGUAUUUGAUCUUAAGAUACUAGGAUUAUAUCUCCUUUUAAUUUCCUUCCCAUCUUCCCAACAGUUUAAUUAGUCUUACUUUUUUUACAAUGUAAAAGAGUGGAGCAAAUUUGGUCAUCUUGUAGAAAAUGUUGUCAAGUAUGGACCAUAUUUGAUCCAUUAGUGAGUUGAUGUUAUAUUAUUGUAAUGAUGGCUAUACUUGAACUAGCCAAUUAAGUAGAGUUGAUGAUCUUGGUUGAUUUGGCUUCA